AUGGCCUCUAGCUCCGAGAUUCGUAGCGAGUUUGUAAUCGGGAAUAAAUACCGCGUUUUAAGAAAGAUCGGCAGCGGUUCUUUUGGUGAUAUCUAUCUAGCAGUGAACCGAAACACCGGCGAAGAAGUGGCUGUGAAAUUAGAGCUGCAAAAAGCGCGUCAUCCUCAACUGCUGUACGAAUCAAAACUUUACCGUAUUCUGCAAGGGGGCGUUGGAAUUCCCAAUGUUUUAUGGUACGGGCAAGAUCGAGACGUGUAUAACGCGCUGGUCAUAGAACUAUUAGGUCCUAGCUUAGAAGACCUUUUCAACUUUUGCUCGCGACGCUUCACUAUGAAGACUGUACUUAUGCUCGCCGAUCAGAUGAUUAGCAGAAUCGAGUACGUUCACAACAAGAACUUUAUUCAUCGAGAUAUUAAACCUGAUAACUUUUUAAUGGGAGUAGGGAAAUCGUGUAAUAAAGUGUACUUGAUCGACUUCGGUUUGGCAAAGAAAUACCGUGAUAGUCGGACAUAUCAACAUAUACCGUACAGAGAGGACAAGAAUCUCACUGGCACUGCGAGAUACGCAAGUAUUAAUGCUCAUUUAGGGCUUGAACAAUCUCGUCGAGACGACCUGGAGUCCUUGGGCUAUGUCUUGAUGUAUUUCAAUCGCACCAGUUUGCCUUGGCAGGGGUUGAAGGCGGUCACCAAGAAACAGAAGUAUGAAAAAAUUAGCGAGAAAAAGGUGUCGACACCUGUGGAGCAUCUUUGUCGUGGGUUCCCCGCUGAGUUUGCUAUGUAUCUCAACUAUUGCAAGAAUUUACAGUUCAUGGAUAAUCCUGAUUACAUGUAUCUGAGGCAACUGUUUCGGAUCCUAUUCCGCACCCUGAAUUACCAGUAUGAUUAUGUAUUUGAUUGGACGAUGUUAAAACAACGGGCGGCACAUGCGGUGGUCAUGCCCUCCCCACGACCUGGAAUCAAUGUACCAGGGCUGUACCAUGGUGGUCCACCCAGAGAAUUGCACCACGCCCCUGGUAAUUUGCACGAGGGUGUUACAUACAUGGCCGGAAUUUCGAGAAGUGGAGGACAGUCAUCAAUGAGCCAACGAUACACUAACUUUAGAUUGUAA